UUAAGAAAAUGUCUUCAACGUUGAGAAAGACAGCCAGUGUUGAGCAGUAGCCUCAUCUUUGUCUAGCAAAGUAGUGGAGGAAAAAGAAGUCUUCGCUGAUUGAUAGAAUAGUAGUAGAAAAGUGGGGAUAGAAAAAUAGUGGGGGUGAAGAGGAAUGAAAGAGAUUAAGGGGUGACGGCAGAUUAUAGGCGGUAUGAAACAGUGGGCCCUGAUCCCACCACAGACAUUGAUAGACAGAGAGAGAGUUACUGUUCAAAGUAUGUUGUCUCUGUCAACCAUGAAGACAUCUUUUCAGCCAAACGCGCAGUCUGUAUAUUCUACGUCUAUGAGAGCACCAAAUGUGACCUAUCAAAGACUGGCCAUUGCCUAAACCUUCCAGGGGCACGGUGCCAUAAUUACAAAGAAGAAGAAGAACCAAAUGUGACCAAAUCAAAGUUUGGCGUAUGCCCCUCCCGCGAAGGGAACAAAGUAUUCCGCUCUUAAAUUUUCAAAAGGAAAGAUCGACACAAGAUCCUUCUGAAACUUUUUGGAAAAGAUUAUUUAAAAAAAAUGAAUCAAUCAAAACUGUUGGAUUGAGAUAUUUAAAUAAGACUUUGCAUUGUAAUAAUGGUGAAAUAGAUAAAAUUGUGAAUAAUGAAAAACAUAAAAGUAGUAUGAAAAAUAUAAACAGAAAAACAUUGAUGGAUUAUAAUGAUCCCGCGAUAAUAGACGAUCUUGACAGUGAGAGCGAUCAGGAUCUUGCAACCUACGUUCGUGUUAAGAGAAAUGGACUGACAAUAAAUGAUUCGAUUGGUUCUCAUCACUCUAUAAAUUUCACAGAUUCUUUUCCACAAAAUAUAUGGAGCAAACCUGAUGCAAUAAAUGCAUUGAAUAAUUCAAUUUCAAAAUACAAAGGAUCAAACAUAGAUUCAGAUUACAGAAAUCAAUCUGAUAUUUGCAGUACUGUCGUGGACAUUUUGCAUUCACGACACAGUAGAGGAAUCUUAUCUAACACUGGGGACCGUAGAAAACGCGUGAAAGGAAGCAAUAGGCAUUCAAAACAUCAUAUAAAAACUCAAGUGAGAAAUAAAAAGCACGAUACUUUGGAGUCUUUUCAUAAGCCUAUCAUAAAAAAGGCAAACAAAAGAAGAAGUAAGAAAUCAGAUGCUCAGGUAUCCACUAAACCAGUUGGCGAGUCACAAAUAGAGAAGAGAGAAUCCAAAAAUAGUAGUUUAAACACAGUUAGUUACAAAAAUAUAGAAGACUUAAUUGAUUCAAACAAAAAUGAAUCGUUAACUCACAGAAGUUUCAAUAAACAAGGAGAAAACACCAUCGUGUUACCUCUUGUGCAAAUGGGAAAAGCAGAAUUGCGUGUUCGUUUAGAAAAAAUUAUCACGAAUGAAACUUCGUCUAGUAAACCUGACAAUUCGGUUAAUUAUUCUGCGGAAAUUGGUUCUUAUUCGACGGUGUCAAAUUGGGAAACAAUUAAUGAAGUCACCGAAACUUUUAUUACAAAUCUUGAAGCUACCACUAAUUUUGAUUCUAGUAAGCAAAAAGAAGGAUGUAAUUUAACAAUGGAAAUUGUAUUCAAAAAAUUAAAUGUUAGAAGCAAUUCUAAUGAGAAAACAAGCAAUUCUGAAAACGCAUUGUUCUAUAAUACAGAACCCUAUCCAGUUGAAUUUAAUUUCAAGAUCAGCGAGGAUCAAAACUCGGAAAAUGAAAAUUACGAUCAUGCAACCAAGAUGUCUGUGGAAUCAUCAGACGAAAAUACAAAAUCGCGUGCAAAGAGACAUCAAGAAGUUGCAUCUAAACAUUCUUCACACAACGAUGAUAUAAACACAAUAGAGGAUUCUAAACAUAUUGAACGAAAAACAUUGGUCGUCGAUAGAAAAGAGGAAGGGACAAAGUACAAAAGGACUUGCGGUGAUCAUGCUAUAAGGUCAAUCGAAGAAAUUAAAGUGCUUGCAAAAAACUUAAUCGUUAAGAUAAAUGAACUUCAAACGUACGUAAAUAAUAAAACUGUAAAUAUGAUGAAUUUCUGCAUUGAUAAAAAAGCAAACUGUGCUACUAUCAUAAAAACGCCGAAGAUUUCCUUAGAAAAACAUAUUUUGAAUUCAAAGAUUGGCAGAAAUGUUGACAACUAUCAACGUUUAGCAACAAAUAGCAAACAGACAAGUUUGGCAGGAAGAACAUCCCUAGUUUCUUUCAGUGGCUCGAGAUUCCCUCCAAUACAAAGCCGAACAAGAAGAAAAUUGCAACGUAAGUGGGGCAGAUGGAUGGACUGGAGCAGCUGUAGUGUCACCUGCGGUAAGGGUCGGCAGAUCAGGUGGAGACAUUGCCUGCGUGAUUGUGACGAUGCGGAAACAGAAAUGGAAGAGAAAGCGUGCCAAUUACCGGCUUGCCCACCGGGAAAAUUUCUAGGAAUAUUCUGAAAACACAGUGUUUUUGCUAAACUAAUAAUAAUUAACAAAAAUUCUCUGUAUUAUGUAAAAUUAAUAGAUAGUUAUAAAAGAAAACAUAGUGUGUGACAAGUCAACAGAAUAUAAAUCUUUAAAAAUAAGUACAAUCACAUGGAAAAUAUGAUAUCACAAAAGCAAAUUUGCAUUAAUUUAAAACAUUAACAAAUAUCAGGCGCCAACGCAGUUAUAGAUUAAUCGAAUUUAAUUGAAAAUUCAACGAUAAUCGAAUUAAUUUGUAUUACAAUCUAUCCAUUAAAAAUUAAUGCAAAUAAGCUAAAUAAAAGAUAACUAGGCCAAAACAAAGGACAUCCUUGAAAAUGUGUUUAUAUUGUUAUGCGCUAAUAAAAACUCAAUUUUGAUAAGUAGAAGUUUGCGAAGUAAAUUAAAAUUUUUAUAAAAACUUGAUAAUUUUAGCUUACAUUUGUUUAGUACAUAGAAACAUUCAAACAUUGCUAAAAUGCGAUGAUAACAUUUGUUCGAAAAGAUAAUUUAUGUGAGCAAGAGUGACAAAAUAUCUAAGUUCUCUUAAAUGCAAUACAAACACUUAUCGCCAUAUGAAACUUCUUUAUUACGUAACAAGCAAGUGAAAUUUGUACAAGCUUCAAGAACUUUUCUUGCUCAUUAAUUCACAUACAAUAUUGCCGUCGCAACUUUAUUAACAAAUCACUUGAUCUAUAUUUUUUUGUUUCAUUAUCAAAUACAUAAUAUACAAGAUAUUUUAAACAAUAUCUUUUCAGUAUUCACAAAUAACGAGAACACUCGUCAUUUAUAGAGUUUAUUUCAUCAUCAACGUUGUAAGUAAUAGCAUAUUAUGCUUUAUAAACUGUGUGUGCAAGUAGAUUUAAGUCUAUAAUCUUCUUUUUCCGUUCAAAUGAUACAACUUUGCUCCAUUAGAAAUCCAUAUUAUAUAUAUAUAUAUGUAUAUUUGGGUACUGUAAAAUGAUCUGUGUGUGUAUGAUACAAUAUUUAUAAAAUG